AUGAUGAGGCCAUCUAUAUCGGAAUCGGAAAUCGAUGAGCCAAUAGACCUUACAGGAGAGUCUUCAUCAAGUUCAAUUCUGAGGCCCUCGCAGAGGGAGAACUUGCCGUCUUCAGAAUCCCAGGAAAGCUUGGAUUCUUCAUCAAAGUCUGUCCCUAAUCUCAAGGAACUUCAAAUCACGAACUCACAAGAGCCUCCCGUCGCACAGCGUAUGCGUUCCUCAUCGCGCACCAAUGUAAAGCAUCUGGACAAGCCUGAUGACUCGGGAGAAAUUGUAUUAAAAAUAGAUACCGCCGAGCUGGAAAAAAUGAAAGUCAAGAAAUGUCGAUUCCCAAGACUCACCUCAUUGCCUUUUCUUGGAGAGAUCGCGGAGUCCUUCGCCAACUCCGUAAAUAAUUAUGAGAACCGACUUCGUUAUCUGAAAAAGAAGCAUCCUCGGACAGAAAGCGACGACGAAAAAGAAUGGUUUUACAGGCCAAGAGGUUCACAUGACAACGUAUCAGCUUCUUCAAAUCCGCACACAUCAAAUUUACCUUUGUCAGUUGAAUAUAACCUCUAUUUUCCAACCGAUAAAAUGAUGCCCGACGCAACUCCCUCUGAAAUCGCCAGAAUCGACCAUUACAGAGACAUGUUCAAGUGGGAAAAGCGUCAUACGAACUGCGCAAAGCGCAAAGUGGAAUACAUAGUGGACUUCAAGCGAAAAAAUCAGCACGAUUUGUACAAAGUAAAAUGGUGCGGCAUUCCGGAGGUUGGCGCGACCUGGGUGCGGCUGAUCGACAUUCCUUUGCAUCGCUACAACUUCAGUCAGAAAAUAAACGAUUUCUGGAAAGCGGCUAAAAAAGUACUACCUCACAAGAAGAUGCCCGUUGUCCGUCGUUCUAACUACUCGAUUCCUCCUGAGUACUCGGCAAAGAUAAUCACCGACUACGUCAAAGAAAAACACCAAAUUAUGAAAAAGAUAUUAGCGCAAAAUCCUCUUGGUGAGAAUCUAAUGAUCGAAAAUGAAUUCGACUUGUACAAAACGCCAUUUUCAUUUGAGUUCAUCAAAGAGAACAAAUUCAUCGGGAACGAAACACAGCGGGAAGAAUUUCGAAAGGAACUAGAAAGUCAGGAAGAAGUUGCGAAUGCGAUGGGGCAUUUAUGCAUGGAGGAGUGCGGCGAAUGCACGACAGAGUUGUAUAACCAAUACGACUUGGCUCCUCAUAAAGCGACUUGGACGAAGUACAGACAUUAUCAACACGUUCUGACAGAAGAAGGCGAUGACUACUGGAAAGUCGUCCAUCCACAUAAGUUCCUCAUCUUCGAGUGCACAGAUGGCUGUGUUUGCCGUAAAAAUGGAACUUGCAAAAACGAUCAGCUUUCGAAACUCCGAGCAAACUACAAGAAAACGAAGUUUUCCGUCUUCAGAACUGGCGACGACCGUGGUUGGGGGCUGAAAGCCAUGCAGCGUUUCAAAGAAGGCGAGGCAGUCAUAGAAUACGUCGGCGAACUGAUGAGAGAGGAGACGUUUCGACAGGCAGAGACAAAACUUUGGCGAAAGGGCCUUAUGUACAGUAUGGACUUGCCGGUAAACGACAACAACUUCCAUGAAUAUGUUAUCGACUCGUCAAGGAAGGGCAACCAUAGCCGGCUUAUUAACCAUUCCUGCGACCCGAACUUGACCGUUUACAAUAUCAUCAAAGAUGAUAGAAAUGUGAAUCGCCCGUGCCCAGUUCUCUUUGCGUUGAAAGACAUAGAACCCGGCACUGAAUUGACGUUCAACUACAAGGUCAAGGUGAAGCAGGCGAAAGAAGAGGAUGAUUCGAGCGACGGAUCGUCAACUGAAGGAGACUCAGAAGAGGUUGAAUGGGCAGGCGAAAACGGACAGCCAUUCGUCUGUCAAUGUGGAAGUAAAAAUUGCAAAGAUCGUCAGCAGAAAAACAUGAAGAAAAAGAAGAAGCAGGAUAGUAAAAAGCGGAAGAUUCAGACAAGUUCGAAGAAUAAACCGAGUAAAAAGCCAAAAGCCGAAGAUAUCUAA